UAAAAUUCAAAAGUGACCAUUCCAUCUCCGGGAAUGGGUUUAAUAUGUCGUACACAACCACCCCCGGGCAACCUGGAGACACACAGACACCGCCGUUUAUAAGCUGUAGCCGUUCUUACCUGUGGCAGUGCGGUAACAAGGAGUGUGUCUUCACCAGUCGGCUCUGUGACGGCUAUGACCAGUGUGGAGACAAUUCUGACGAGACGCUCUCCAGGUGUGAUCCAGCUACAACUACAUCCCCACGAGAAGCAAGCAGGACCACUGUAGCCCCCUCUUCUUCACAGUCAACUCGUGCUUACUUCCGUCCUAUUGACUAUAACGAUGGAACGCUCUCACCAAGCGGAACAAACAAAAACGGCUUUGGCAAUGUAACCCUUUCCUACUGGGCUGUUAUUCUCAUCAUCGGUGGCGUUCUGGCUCUCAUGGCGAUAAUCAUCACCGCACUACAGGUCGUACAUCGCCAGCAAAAGAAAAAACUGCGGCGGGAAAUGACAGGAGGCACAGUUCGUUACACUCCAAAUAACGGGGCCUCCCUUAGCAUACCAGGGGGGAACAGAUCGUCUGCUAAUCAAACGCAAGCGCCCAGACAGGCCAUUAAUGGAAGAAAUAUGGUGACCCCAAUGGUGACAGACUCGUCUCAUCUGGAUAUAUUCACAGUUGUGGCCCCACCCUCAUAUCAGUCUCGCGUCAAUCUUCGAGAGGACGAGCAGGCGAUUGCCCCGCCCCCUUAUGUCACCGACACUUCUGACCAACCAGAGCCUCAGAAGGUAUCACUUCCGGGUGGCAUAUUGGAGUUUUAG